AUGCCACCCCCUCCUCCCCCUCGAAGAAUCCUGAUCGUCGGCGGCGGCCCAGCCGGCGCAGUAGCAGCCUACCACCUCGCCAAAUCCGGCCUCCAAGUGCUAAUCCUCGAACGCUCCCCCUCUCCCACCACCUCCACCACGCGGGGUCAAGGAAUCGACAUCACUGGCCCGGCGAUCUCCGUGAUCCGACGAAUGGAAUUGUACGACGUCGUGCGAGCGAAUUGUACCGGCGAGAAAGGCUUCUCCAUGCUCGACGACUCGGGAAAGGUCAUCGGGCGUCUUCCAGCGGCAGACCAAACAGAUGGAGGCAAAGGUGGACUCCAAUUGACGCAAGAACUGGAAAUCAUGCGCGGCAACAUAACCCGCAUCCUCGCGUCCGCCGCGCAAAGCCUUUCCUCGUCGCAGUCGUCGGCAGGUGAUGGAAAUGGAAAGGGAGGAGUAGAAUACCGCUACGGCUCGUGGUUAACCUCCCUCUCGCAAUCCUCCUCGUCCGUAACCGCCACGCUCAGCGACCUAGAUGGCGAAGAGACGACGGUGUCCUUCCUCGCCGUGAUUGGCGCCGACGGCAUGAACUCCACCGUCCGGCGGCUAGCUUUCAGUCCGGAAGUGACUAGGAAUUGCUACCGCCCUAUCGGAUCGCAAUGGACGGCAUUCUUCUCCAUCCCGGCGGAGGAGAGAGACGGGGAGGAUUCCGUGUUGCAGCAGGGAGUGGGAUGUCGGACGGUAUUAAUCCGGCCAAUCCAGGGGAGGAUGUGUUCCUGCUACCUCGUCAAAACAUCCCACUCCCCCGAACUAGCGAAGUCCGCCACCAAACCCCGCCAACAAGCCCUUCAAAAAGAAAUCUUCACCCGCCUCUUCGCCUCCUUCCCCGGCUCCCUCCGCUCCCGCGUCCUCUCCGGCCUCCGCACAACCUCCGACUUCUACGUCGCGCAAACCGCUCAAAUCCACCUCCCGACUUGGUCGUCCGGUCGAGUCGCCCUCGUUGGGGACGCGGCGUAUGCUCCCUCACCGGUGACGGGGCAGGGGACUGCGAUUGCGAUUGUGGGGGCGUAUAUUUUGGCGGGGGAGAUGGCGAAGACGCCAGAGGAUGUGGAAGGUGCGUUUGAGAGGUAUGAGACUGUGUUCAGGGGGUAUGUGGAAAAGGCGCAGAGGAUUCCUGGUGGAGCGAGGAUUCCAAGGCUGGUGAAUCCGGAGACGAGGUGGGGGAUUGAGGUUUUGCGGUGGGUUUUUUGGGUUGUUGCGACGACGAAGGUUUAUCGAUUGUUUGGAGGGUGGGGAGGGGGAAAGAAGGAGGGGUGGAGGUUGCCGGAGUAUGACUUCGCAGCUGUGGGCCAUACAUCGGAGGAGCAGGAAACAACAUGA